AUAUUAUAUCUAACAAUGCAUAGCGUUAAAGUAAAGUGAUAUAAAAUUUCGUAAAACGUGUCAUUUGUUUGUAUGUGUGACUCUUAAAAUUUGUUGCUGUUGCAUUUUAUUGCUAAAUUUUAACGCUUGGAAGCUCGAACCAAAAAGCAACAUAAAUUUAUUUAAAAUAUAUGACGCGCUUACCUUAUGGUAUAUGGUCUUAGAAGAAAAUUUUGUAAUAUAUGCGAUAUAUGCGAGAUGUUUCUUCAACUUGGAGAUUCGUAUUAGAACAUGUUCCUUAAACAUGUUUCAUUUUAAGCAAAGUGAGAAGAGUAAAUUUUUGCUGAUUAAUUUCAACGAACAUGGUAACCAUUAUUUAAAAACAAAUUGAAAAUUUGAUAUGGCAACACUAAAUUACGCAGUCAUAUUUAGUUAAUUGACAAAUAAAGGUGAAAAGUUAAGAAAUUUAUGCGUGUUUAUUUUAUAAAGCAAAUGAACCUUGUGUUAAAAAGUUUUUGAAAAGAGAGACUUAAAAAAAUAUUGUUAUGUGUACAAAUGUAAUCAAGAAUGUUUGUGCUGGCCUUUUUUUUUAUGGUGUUAGAAUAAAAACCAGUAAAAUAUACUAAAACAUCGAAGGCCAAGAACAGCGCCUACGCCUUUAGCCUAGCAUUUGCGUUUGGCCUAGCAUUUGCAUUUGGCGUAGCUAAGUGUCCGGGUAUUGGACAACGGAAAACAAAGCAAAAAUUUAGAAAACACUUGCUAUUGGUGCAGCUUUUUUCGAUUGUAAAAAAGGAAAAAAGCCAAGACGCUUGCUUCACAGGCUAAUACAGCAAAGACCAUGCCGUUGGCAGAUCUUCAUAAAGAUCUGAGGCAACAGCAACAAUUGGGUGUAACCUCGUCCGCGCAGAAUAAUAUAAAUGAUCAUGUGGGACUUUCACGCAUGCAAAUCACUUCCUCCGGUUGUAGCAGCUUGGCUGUUACACCCAUGGAGCAUACCCCUACAGAUGAAGAAAGUACUGGUAUAACGAUGGUGACGUCAUGUCAACGUCGACAAUUACAACGACAACAAAAAAAUCAACAUCACAACGCACAACUGCAGCCAUCAGCGCUGCAGGCAGCGCUGGGGAAGCAGCAAAAACAGCUUGAAGGUCAUCGCUCCACUGAAUUAAUGGAUCUUAGUGAUUCGGAAUGUUAUGCCAAUAUCUCCGCAAGUAGUGAUAAUGAUUUACGUGAAAACGAAAUCGAGCUGAAAGAAGUGAUCAAAGAAGGUCAUGACAAGGCAGAUCCCUCUCAAUUUGAACUAUUGCGUGUAUUAGGCGAAGGAAGUUUCGGCAAAGUAUUUUUAGUUCGUAAGGUUGUUGGUAAAGACGCCGGUGCCCUAUACGCCAUGAAAGUACUAAAAAAAGCUACAUUAAAGGUUAAGGAUCGCGUCAGAAGUACUAACGAAAGAAAAAUCUUAGCUGAUGUCGGCCAUGCAUUCAUAGUAAAAUUGCAUUAUGCCUUUCAAACGCCUGGCAAAUUGUAUCUGAUAUUAGAUUUUUUGAGAGGUGGUGACCUUUUCACUCGUCUAUCGAAAGAAGUCAUGUUCACCGAAGAAGACGUAAAAUUUUAUUUAGCUGAAUUGGCAUUAGCUCUGAAUCACUUGCAUUCGCUUGGUAUUAUCUAUAGGGAUUUGAAGCCGGAAAAUAUUCUUUUAGAUGAAAAUGGUCAUAUUGCUCUUACCGAUUUCGGUUUGUCGAAGCAACCUUUAGAUGGUUCGAAAACGUAUAGCUUUUGUGGCACUGUAGAAUACAUGGCACCGGAAAUAGUGAAUCGUAAAGGACAUGAUUUCGCUGCGGAUUGGUGGUCUUUCGGCGUAUUGAUGUAUGAAAUGCUUACUGGAAAUUUACCAUUUCAUGGUCAAUCGCGUCAGGAAACAAUGAAUCAAAUUUUACGCUCCAAAUUGGGUAUGCCAGAAAAUCUUUCGCCAGAGGCACAGUCAUUAUUACGAGCUUUAUUUAAACGUAACCCCCAAAAUCGUUUGGGUGCUGGUCCGAAUGGUAUUUUGGAUAUUAAGGCCCAUUGCUUUUUUGCGACUAUUGAUUGGACGCGUUUGGAAAAAAAAAGAGUGCGACCUCCGUUUAUACCGGCCGUUUCAAGGGACGAUGCUUUUUAUUUUGAUGUCGAGUACACAUCGAAGUCACCACGUGAUUCCCCAGGUGGUCCUAUAUCAGCGUCGGCUCAUGAAAUAUUUCGUGGUUUCAGCUUUGUAGCACCUGUUCUAUUAGAUCAUGCCCUGCCAAAAUCUGCGAAUUCAAGUCCCCAAUCACCUUUCAUACCGAUGGCCAAUCCACCGCGCACUCUACCCGGAGUAUUACCUGGAAAUUUUCAUAACGAUUAUAAUCUACUACAAGAACUAGGACGUGGCACGUUUUCCGUAUGCCGUCUAUGUGAACAUAAAUCCUCUAAGAAACAUUUUGCUGUUAAAAUUAUCGAGAAAGCUGCAGUUUUAGCUAAUUCGUCAUCAGUGGAUUGUUGGGAAGAAGUUGAAAUUAUGUUACGCUACGGCAAUCAUCCAAAUAUUGUUACCUUAUUCUCAGUAUAUGAGGAUGCUGUGUCUGCUUAUUUGGUAAUGGAACUGCUUAAGGGAGGUGAACUCUUAGACCGUAUUCUGGCUGUUGGUCAGAUGUGUGAAAGUGAAGCGAGCGCUGUUUUAAGAACAAUGGUUUCGGCGGUAGCCUAUUUGCAUGAACACGGAGUAGUGCAUAGGGAUUUAAAGCCAUCAAAUAUGAUUUAUGCCAGUAUGCGGCAAACACCGGAAACUUUAAAAUUAUGUGAUUUAGGCUUCGCUAAACAAUUGCGUGCCGAUAAUGGUCUGCUAAUGACACCGUGUUACACCGCGAAUUUUGUGGCUCCCGAGGUCCUGAAACGUCAGGGUUAUGAUUUAGCUUGUGAUAUAUGGUCUUUGGGAGUUUUAUUGUAUAUAAUGUUAUCGGGACGUACACCAUUUGCCUCUACGCCAAACGAUUCACCCGAUGUUAUAUUAAAACGUAUUGGUUCGGGUCAAAUAGAUUUCUCUUCGUCUCGAUGGUCUUUAAUUAGCAAUUCAGUUAAGGAUUUAUUACAACAAAUGCUACAUAUUAUACCCGAGAACCGGCCAACCGCUGCACAAAUUCUACAACAUCAUUGGCUUAAAGAGCAACUAGCCGGUUCGGUAAAACUUACCGAAUAUACGGUAAAUCCUAAUAGGAACACUACGAUAACCUAUUCAAGUAGUGCGGCUGGAAAGAUAAACGUUGCCGGUCAAUUUACGCAAAAUGCCAAUGCAGCGCGAGAAGCUAAUGCGGCUCUACGCGGUGCGGUUGAUGCGACUUUCCGAGCUAUCGCUAUACCGCAGGCAGCCAAUGUAGGACCCGUAGAAUUAUCCAUGUUAGCCAAACGACGUGCCAAAGAUCGUGCCAAUAUGCAAACAUAAUUACAGGCUCGCUGGUCGGCAUUUUUAGUUAAAUUUAAAUUAAAAUUCUCAAGUUGAAGCUAACCAGAAGGAACUUUAAAAAAUAUAUAUAUAUAUAUAUGCAACAGUUACAAAGCGUUGUGAUACACAAAAUAAUUGGGCUUAAUUUUCUUAUAUUAUUACAAAAGUAAACAACAACAAACACUAAGUAAAUUUAAUAAAAGCGAGUAUUA